AUGAGGAUGGAUAAUGAGAGCACUGUGUCUGAGUUCAUUCUCCUAGGGCUCCCAAUUCGAGCAGACGACCAAGUUGUGUACUCUGCCCUGAUCCUGGCCAUGUACCUGACAACUGUGCUGGGGAACCUGCUCAUCAUCCUGCUCAUCAGGCUGAACUCUCACCUCCACACCCCCAUGUACUUCUUCCUCAGCCACUUGGCCCUCACAGACAUCUCUUUCUCAUCAGUCACAGUUCCAAAGAUGCUCGUGAAUAUGCUGACACACAGUCAGUCCAUCCCAUAUGCAGGGUGUGUUUCCCAGGUGUAUUUUUUCACAGCUUUUGCAAGCAUUGAUAGCUUUCUUCUAACUUCGAUGGCAUAUGACAGGUAUGUGGCCAUCUGCCAUCCUCUGCACUAUACCAUCAUCAUGAAUCUGAGCCUCUGUAUCCUUCUAGUAGUAAUAUCCUGGGCCUUGUCUUUAGUCAAUGCUCUUGUGCACACCCUUCUCUUAAGCAGGGCCAUGAGGAUGGAUAAUGAGAGCACUGUGUCUGAGUUCAUCCUCCUGGGGCUCCCCAUUCGAGCAGAGGACCAAGGCCUGUACUCUGCCCUCUUCCUGGCCAUGUACCUGACAACUGUGCUGGGGAACCUGCUCAUCAUCCUGCUCAUCAGGCUGGACUCUCACCUCCACACCCCCAUGUACUUCUUCCUCAGCCACUUGGCAUUCACAGACAUCUCUUUCUCAUCAGUUGCAUCUCCAAAAAUGGUCAUGAAUAUGCUGACAAAAAGUCAGUCCAUCUCAUAUGCUGGCUGCAUUACCCAGGUGUAUUUCUUUUCAUUUUUUGCCGAUCUUGAGAGCUUUCUUCUGACAUCAAUGGCCUAUGACAGGUAUGUGGCCAUCUGCCACCCUCUGCACUAUUCAAAAAUUAUGAGUGAGAAACUCUGUAUUCUUCUAGUAGUAGUAUCCUGGGCCUUAUCUAAUGCCAAUUCCCUUGUUCACACUCUUCUCUUAGCUCAGUUAUCUUACCUAAGAGGCAAUAUUGUGCCCCACUACUUCUGUGACCUCUCUACCUUGCUGAAGUUGUCCAGCUCAGACACCACCAUCAAUGAGCUGGUCAUCCUUGUUUUAGGUAAUGUGAUCAUUACCCUGCCAUUCAUAUGCAUUGUGGUCUCUUACGGCCUCAUUGGAGUCACCAUUCUGAAAACUCCAACAAUCAAGGGAAUCUGCAAAGCCUUUUCUACAUGUGGCUCUCAUCUUUGUGUAGUGUCCUUGUACUACGGAGCCAUCAUUGGAUUAUAUUGUGUCCCCUCAUCUAAUAACACUAAUGACAAGGUUGCGAUUGUGGCUGUGAUAUAUGCUGCAGUCACACCUAUGCUGAAUCCCUUUAUUUAUAGUCUAAGGAAUCAGGAUAUGAAAGGAGCACUGAGAAAUAUCCUCAGCCAGAGAAUUUUUUCAUAG